GAAACAGUGUAGCCGUUGCACGGGUAUCUUGUGAUGAAAUACAUGUUCGCAACAAUGGAGCAAUAUGUGCUGUGAAAUUACUGAUACACCCACGAGGAUUCAACCCGUACUGACAACAGAAUAUAAUUAGUUGAGGCAUCUGGUGGCAGCACUGCACCAUAUACACCCUUCCCCACUCAAAAAAACAAGCAUCAACAACAAAAGCCUUUUGUUUCCUUUGCGUCCGCUAUUUCUGAUUUGUCAUUUUUCUUUUUCGUUAACUUUUCCGAAUUAUGUGCUGCCCAAGUAAUCCUCCUGUCAUACACCAUCCAUCCUCGCGAUCCGGUGCUGGCUAUUCAAGGGCGUGGUCGUGGUUUUAUUUCUGCUUCAUAGAAGCUCUUAUAUUUGUUGCUUUCAUCAUCGCCAUUGGAUCUGCUGCAACAUUUCUCGCCUUCUGACAAAGUUUUUGUCAGCGACUUGGGAGUGCAGUAACAGCUUGCAUGCUACAACAAGAAGAAUGCUUUACAGUUUUCAAGAAUAAAAAAAAAAGGCUUGCUAAAACUUUCUGUUUUACUAAACUGCAUUUGUUGCAUAAUGCUGACC